AUGUCAAACCAUUCUAUGAUGAACAACAAUUCCUCAGGUAGUGAUUAUUUUCUAAGGAAAAUUCUAGAGAUACAAGAUUUUGAGGUUGACACUGACAGUCACACCAACAUGCAACAACCUCCUCCUGGCUACGGCAGCGAUCACCCCAAGAAGAAGCGCUACCAGCGCCACACGCCGUAUCAGAUACAAGAGAUGGAAACGUUCUUCAAGGCGUGCCCUCACCCGGAUGAGCAGCAAAGGAUAGAGCUGGGUAAUGUUUUGGGAUUAGACCAUUUGCAAAUCAAGUUUUGGUUCCAGAACAAGCGAACCCAACUCAAGAAUCAAUACGAACGCAACGAGAACUUUGCACUGAAGAAUGAGAAUGAGGAGCUUCGAGCUGAGAACGAGAACUACAAGGAGAUCCUAAAUAGUAUAAGAUGUCAUGGCUGCGGAGGCCCACCUCCUCCUCCAUUGACCUAUGACCAGAUGAGGCAGGAGAAUAACAAGCUAAGAGAACAGAUUGAGUGGAUGUCAACAAUGAUGUCUAACUGUGUUCUACAAGAGCCAGAUAAUACUUCCAACCCCAACAUCACCAGGCCUCAGAAUGUGCCUAAUAUAGAAUCAUCUCAGCAAAACAACACCAACAACAUGAUGCCUCAGACUCAGAGUGUGCCUAAUCAAGAACUUGGUAACAUGGCAUCACCACCUCAGAGCAAUAACAUUGACAUGCUGUCUCCAAGUAUGUUUAAUCAAGGAAUUAUUGACAGCAUGCCAUUGACUCAGCAGAACAAUGGCAUUGACAUGCCUCAGAAUGUGAUUAAUCAUGGAAUUGUCAAAGACAUGCCAUCAUCUCAGGCUCACAACAAUGUUAUUAACGUGACUCCGCCUAUGAGUAUGUUAAAUCAGGGAAUUGGUGAUAACAUUGCCGUUAUUCCUCCUAGUGUGCUUGAUCAAGGAAAUUGUAGCGUGCCAUCAUCAUCUCAACACAACAACGAAAUUUACAUGAACCUGCCUUUGAGUUCGCUUAAUCAAGAUGUUGGUAGCUAUGGAGCAAAGUCAAAAGACAAAGCAGGGGAAACGAGUAGUGGUAGUGACCCUCUAAUUAGGUCACUCCCAGUUUCUAACAAAGCCAUGAUCGAGGAGCUUGCGGCUGUGUCACUGGAGGAACUCAAAGCCUUGGUUCAAGCAGGGGAGCCCAUGUGGGUCAGUGGGGCCCACAACUCUGAAACUAUCAACGAACAAGAAUACUAUAGGACUUUCCCUGGUGGAAUUGGUCCAAGACUCUUGGGGUAUAAAUCUGAAUCUUCAAGGGAAUCCAGGGUCAUCAACAUGAAUCACGUUAACCUCCUUGAGAUCCUUAAUGAUGUGGAUCUAUGGUCACGUGUGUUUUGCAGCAUUGUUUCAAAAGCAGCAGGAUUUCAAGUCCUAUCAACUGGACAGGCAGGAAGUUAUGAUGGAAACUUGCAAGUGGUGUCAUCAGAGUUCCAAAUGCCAACACCACUUGUUCCUGCUCGCGAGUACUAUUUCCUACGGUACUGCAAGAAGCUCCAAGAUGGGAGAUGGGUGGUGGUCGAUGCUUCCCUGGAAACUUCACAACCAAAUGCAACAAUCCCUCCGACUCGAAGAAGGCCCUCUGGUUGCCUGAUUCAGGCAUCUCCAGAUGGUUACUCAACAAAGGUUACCUGGGUUGAACAUGUAGAAGUGGAUGACAGAGCACUAAUGGUGAAUAGUAUGUAUAAGCCUCUAGUUGAAUCUGGCUUAGCCUUUGGAGCUAGACGCUGGGUCGCACAAUUAGAUAGAAGAUGCGAACGUAUUGCUAGUGCAGUACAAACCACCACCAUACUGCAACCACAAGAAGACCAACUUAGUGUGACGAGUGUUGAGGGCAAAAAGGGGUUGGUGAAGCUGGCUGAGAGAAUGGUUAUGGACUUUUUAAGUGGUGUUGGUGCUUCAACAGUAGAAAAUUGGGCAAUCGUAACUCCAUCAACAAAUCACAGCAAUAUAAGAAUCAUAACCCGAAAGGUUGAGGACGAUCCGGGUAGACCUUCCGGUAUAGUUAUCGGUGCCGCAACUUGUUUCCACCUCGCAGUUCCUCCAAACAGCUUCUUUGAUAGGGUUCGAACUGCAAACGCAAGAGCAGAGUGGGAUGUUCUCUGUACCGGAGGUGUUGCUGAGGAAUUUGCACACAUAAAAAAUGGUCGCGACCCUGGGAACUGUAUCACAUUAUUCCGUAUCAAGAGUUCAGAUGCGAAGAACAACGGGAUGAUAAUAGUUCAAGAGAGUAGCAGCGAUUCAACAGGGUCAUUUGUGAUAUACGCACCGGUUGAUAUGAAUUCGAUCAAUGCAGUGAUUGGAGGGAGAGAUCCCGAUGAACUUCCGAUUUUGCCCUCGGGAAUGGCGAUUCUUCCAGAUGGAGGUGGAGGUUGUUUGGUGACGUUGGCAUUCCAGAUAUUGAUCGAGUCAGAUCCAACAAAGAAGAUAUCGAUCUGUUCAGUGAGCACUAUUAACCAGUUGGUUAAGGUUACGGUUAACAACAUCAAAGCUCUAUUCAAGACUGAGGAGGAACCUAACGAGAGAAUCUAAGUAAUCUUUAGCUUUGGCAUAGACAUAUGGAUAUCGAA